AUGGCUGGUGGUGUUCCUGUUGCGGCGCCUCAAUUGGCCGGCGGCUACCUCAAGGGCCGCGCCCUCAUCUUCCCCCUCUCCCUCGUCAUCUCUCUCUUCUUCCUCUGGGGUUUCUCCUACGGUCUUCUCGAUGUCCUCAACAAGCAUUUCCAAACUGUUCUCGGCAUUAGCCGUCUCGAGUCCACUGGCCUCCAGGUCAUGUACUUUGGUGGUGGUUAUUUGCUAUUCUCUCCCAUUGCCGCCGAGGUUCUUAAGCGACGAGGUUACAAGCAAACCAUUCUGAUGGGUCUUUCUCUCUACUCUCUUGGUGCCAUCCUGUUCUGGCCCGUUGCCAAGUCGGCCGACUCCAAUGCCAACGGACGCGCAGUAUUCGGCGGCUUCUGCGCGUGUACACUCGUGAUUGCUUGCGGCCUGGCCACUCUCGAGACUUCUGCCAACUCUUAUGCAGUCGUCAUCGGUGACCCAGCAAGUGCCAACGCUCGCCUCCAGUUCUGCCAGUCUUGGAACGGUGUUGCCUCGUUCAUUGGUCCCUUGAUCGCCUCCAAGUUCUUCUUCACUGGUGAGAACCAGAACAGCCUUACCAAUGUCCAGUUUGUCUACCUCGCUGUCGCCUGUGCUGGUGCCGCUGUUGCUGUUCUUUUCUUCUUUGCCAAGCUUCCUGAGAUCUCCGAGGCUGUUAUCGAGGAUGAGGCUGGACACAGCAACGAGGGCUCCAUCUGGAAGCAGUACAACAUGUGGUUCGCCUUCGGUGCUCAGUUCUGCUACGUUGGUGCCCAGGUUACCAUCGCCACCUUCUUCAUCAACUACGCUCACGAGAACGGUGGUGUCUCUACUGCCUCUGCCAGCAACAUGCUUAGCUACGCUCUCAUCACCUUCACCGUUGGCCGCUUCUUUGCCACCGGCUUGGCUGUCUUCCUCCGGGCCGAGUUCAUCAUGGUCGUCUACUCUUGUAUCGCCAUCGCCCUCACUGCCUACUGCAGUGCUGGUUCCGGUGCUGCCUCCAUUGGUGUUCUGAUUGCCAUCUUCUUCUUUGAGGCUCCCAUGUACCCCACAAUCUUCGCCCUCGGUACCGCCAACCUUGGCCGACACACUCGACGUGCUGCUGGUAUCCUCGUUAUGGGUGUAUCAGGCGGAGCUGUAUUCCCCCCUAUCCAAGGAGCGAUUGCUGAUGCCAAGGGCACUCGUAUCAGCUAUAUUGUCCCUACUAUUGGCCUUGUCUACGUUCUCGGCUACGUCGCUGUGUGCUGGGUCCGUGGCGGCAUGAAGAUCCUCGUCGAGAAGACUCCCGAGUCUCAUGUCGAUGAGAUCACUGACAACGAGAAGAAUGAUGUCAUUGUUGAGCAGUACGAGAAGAAGGCUAGCGACAUGGCUUAG